AUGGCCUCUAACUAUAUCUUCACGUUGACCCCGACAUUCACACAAGGACUGAUACUGGGUCAACUCUCCAUUCUCCUGCUACUUGUCCUGAUCCUGAAGUACCUCUUCUUGGACUCGGAACCUGGAAGGCAGAAUCCGACGUUUCACCCCACACUUGCCGCCGACAAGCAUGAUGAGGCGGGACGUUUCAAUAUGCAAGGGACGGUGGAAUCCGUCAUAGACGAGGAGGGCGAUAGUCUGGAAGACGAUGAAGAGGAGCGUGAGGGAGAAUCGGCGGACUGGUUUAACUUGCUACUCCGCAACGUACUAGAUGCAUACCGGUCCAAGCUCCGCGAUGAUCUCCCUGGUGCUGAAGGGGAUGAGGUAGCUCGAAGAAAGUUAGAAGAGUAUGCUAACCGCAUUAGGCCUGCAGCACUCGUUGAUCCCAUCCGCAUACACUCGGUCGACCUGGGCUCCUCCGCCCCUCGAUUCUCGAAUAUUCGAUUGAAAUCUUCAGGGAUGAGAAGUACUGCGCCUUCAUCACGCUCUCGAAGGCGCAGCGCAGCGCGCGAGCUUGCUUCGCAAGACUCAGAGCCUAGCGAGGUAGAACUCGACAUGGUAUACAAGGAUAGCGUGUCGGUAGCACUUUCUACCGGCGUGCUGUUCAACUAUCCGCUGCCGUCAUUUGCGAGACUACCCGUGUCGCUGACAAUAUCGCUGGAAUUGUUUCAGUCACCGGUCGUUUUUUUGCCCCCUUCAGCCUCCGUCAAGCCGUCUACCCUUCAGAUCAGCAUCCCUCCUGACGGCUUCACUUUGAAUAUCAAGACCACCUCGCUCAUAGGCAGCCGCGCCAAACUUGCGGACGUGCCCAAGCUGCAUGAACUGAUCGAGCAUCAGAUUCGUCGCUUGGUUGCUCAAAAGAAUGCCUACACCUUUGUCUUACCUGGCCUGGCCAGUGUAAACGAAGUGAAAGAAGCGAUCCGACACGAAAAGGAGGCACAACAUUUGCCAGAUUCAUAG